CUCAACUCUAAAAGCUCUGUUAACACCUUCAAUUGUGUCUUCUAUGUGUAUACCACCGCUUUUUCAUCCUGAGAUAUAUGUAUUCUUUUUGUCUGUUUAUUUUUUUCAGUUAUACAUCUGACGCGUAUCAGAAACUUCAUCAUUAGCCUGAGUUUUUACUCAGGGCCUGGCAGGAGAAACUCUCACUUGGACAGUUGCGUCCUUACACACAGCCCCUCUGGAGAAUGUCAGUUUACCUGGAGUACAGUGCAUGUCUGCAAAAAGCUCUUUUGUUCCUGCUUUUCUAUUGAAAAUAUUUUUGGGUGAAAAGCACAUGAAACAAUAAAGAACUUUAGAAUCGUGUAAGACAUUUAAAUUGUAAGAAAGAGGUUUCCAUUUGAGCUUAAGACAAAAAACAUUUAAUUAACAAUUUUUCAUCUAUGAGUUUGAGAAAAAACUCCCAGGUGAGAUUUGUUUGUCAUAAUCUUGCACAUAAAGACUGUGUUUGGGUGGACUGAUAAAAUGUUUCCACUUGCGUUCAGAUGAUAAUGGUGAAAGCCAGGAGUGAAGACCCUGAUGCAAUUUCACGGCAGAGAGGCUUUUUCUCAGAAGUGAAAGUGAAACUACUUAAAGCUGCAGUCUAUUUAAAACAUUGGUAUGCCUGUGUAACCUGAUCCUGAGUGGGCUGUUCUUUACACAUUGACAUAUAAAGCCCACCCUGAACUAACUUUUUCUUUUCUAUUUGUUCAUUUUUUAAUUCCUAUUCUCCCUCAACAACUUCACAAUGUCUGAUAGAGACGUUUUAUUGGAGGCAAUUUCCCUCCUCUGCAAUGCCAGUGUCACAUCUCUUCAAGGUUCAAAACUUGUGGCUGGAUCAAGCUCAAAUUUCGCCAUCAAUGGCUUCAUAUCUGCUCUCAUGGGAAGGUCUCCUCUCCGAUCAGCGUUGAGAGAGAUGGUUAUUGAUGAGGAAGAAUUCUUCGAUCCUAAGUUUGACUUUGAUUUCACUGAUUUGAAAGACACAGAGAAGUAUUACAGAGGAGGGGAGGUGUAUGAGCGCCCCUGUGGCUGGAAACGUUACGCUCUUAAGGUGCUGGAUAAAUACCCGGAUGGAAACGCCUGGCUGGGAGAGCGAGGCUUCUGCACCACCACAGACUCAAAGGCAGGAGAGUGGCCCGUGUCCUACCAUGGGACAUCAAAGAUCGGCGCUCAAGGCAUCAUCAUAUCACAAUUCAAGGCAGGCCCAGGUCAGGUGUACGGCAGGGGGAUUUAUUCUACACCAUACAUAUCUGAGGCGUUACCCUACACCAAAUCCUUCAUCUCCGUCUCAACGGGCAAGAAUUACCAAGUGGUUCUGCAGAAUCGAGUCAACCCCCAGUACAGAGAGAAGCACAACAACAGUUUGUAUUGGCUGGUUCCAAUCAGGGACGGGUUGUCUGAGAGACAGGAGGAGGAGAUUGUGGAAAAAGCCAUCCGCCCGUAUGCACUCCUGCUUAAACAACUGUGACAGGGAAAAAGAUUGUGAUGUAAAUCUGACAUCACUCUUUUUUUAUUGCUUUGUUCAACUGCCAAAAUGUCUGCUGCUUGUUUGUCAAUCAAACCAUAAAUGCAUGUGCUGAUUACUUUUUA